AUGGCAGAUUGGGCGAGGGCACUACUACCAUCAGGACUGUCAAGCGCUGGAUUGCUCGCUUUGCAAGCGGAGACAUCGACUUCGAAGACAAGCCCCAGUCGGGACGCCUCUACACUGUCGAAGACUCCGCCAUUUUCGACGAUGUCAAAGAGGAUCCAGAGAUCGACACCCGCAGUCUUGCAACGAGACCGGACUCCAAUCAACAGUCAUCAGCUGCCCCCAGACCAUCGGCUACACAAAACUGCUCGAUGA